GGUAGAUACUUGCCCAUCUCUAGCGUUCCCGCUGUAGUUACCCCAUUAUCCGUUCCGUGUUGAUGUUUCGACACUAUAUAAUGCUGAGACUAACAUAUACAAUUCAGAGUACGGACUAGAUCACUCAGUGAUAGGUCUGUGCAUACUAACUUUUCUAUUUAGCAAUUUAGACUAGCGCGAGACUUUUUUCUUCCGACCACCUAGAAAAAAUGUACUCUAAAGCGUUGCUGGUUUUGGCGUUGAGCUUGUUGGUAGCUCAGUGUGCAGCUGGGCCUGUCGGUUUCAUUUUAACUUACGGUGCCUGUCAGACAGCUUGCAAUGCAGCCUACGUGACCUGUUGUACUGCAGCUGGCACCACAGCAGGAACGUUCACCCUUGGUCUGGGGAUCCCAGCUGCUCUAGCUGGAUGUAGCGUCAUCCAAGGCGUCUGCAUGGCAGGCUGUGCUACUGCCGCCGCUGCCGCGCCAACUCCUUAG